CGGAAGGCUGGUGGCGUCCGUGAGGUCAUCAGUGGUCGCCGGCAGCCCCGGCAGGAAGGGGCGUGCGCGCUGGCCGGCGCCUGCCGGGGCCUCGGCCUCCAGUCACGGCGCGCGCCCGACAUGCCGGAGGAGGCGGGCUUCCCGCCGGCCAAGAGGUUCCGGCCGGGCUGCGGGCCUCCCGGGGGGCGCGUGGUGAUGCUGCUGACCGCGGGCGGCGGCGGCGGCGGAGGCGGCCGGAGGCAGCAGCAGCCGGUCCUGGCCCAGCCCGCGGCCAGCCCCUACCCCGAGGCGGUGGAGCGGCAGCGCCGGAGCCUGCCGAUCUUCCAGGCGCGGGGGCAGCUGCUGGCCCAGCUCCGAAACCUGGACAGCGCCGUCCUCAUCGGGGAGACGGGCUCUGGGAAGACGACUCAGCUCCCGCAGUACCUCUACGAGGGGGGCGUUGGCCGCCAGGGCGUCAUCGCGGUGACCCAGCCUCGCCGGGUGGCCGCCAUCUCUCUUGCGUCUCGAGUCUCGGACGAGAAGAGAACUGAACUCGGGAAGCUGGUUGGCUAUUCCGUGCGCUUUGACGACAUCAGCUCCGAGGACACCAGGAUCAAGUUCCUGACGGACGGCAUGCUUCUGCGAGAAGCGAUUUCAGACUCCUUGCUCCGGAAGUACAGCUGUGUCAUUUUGGACGAAGCCCACGAACGGACCGUCCACACGGACGUGCUCUUCGGGGUCGUGAAGGCCGCGCAGAAGCGGAGGAAGGAGCUGGGGAGGCUGCCUCUCAAAGUGAUCGUGAUGUCCGCCACGAUGGACGUGGAUCUGUUCUCGCAGUAUUUCGGCGGGGCACCCGUCCUCUACCUGGAGGGUCGGCAGCAUCCCAUCCAGGUGUUUUACACCAAACAGCCUCAGCAGGACUACCUGCACGCCGCUCUCGUCUCCGUCUUCCAGAUCCACCAGGAGGCCCCCCCCUCUCAGGACAUCCUGGUGUUCCUCACCGGCCAGGAGGAGAUCGAAGCCACGAGCAAGAUCUGCCGAGACAUCUCCAGGCACCUCCCGGACGGCUGCCCCUCCCUGCUGGUCCUGCCUCUGUACGCCUCCCUGCCCUACGCCCAGCAGCUCCGCGUCUUCCAGGGAGCCCCGAAGGGCUGUCGCAAAGUGAUCAUUUCCACCAACAUUGCCGAAACCUCCAUAACCAUUCCGGGAAUAAAAUACGUAGUCGACACGGGCAUGGUUAAAGCAAAGAAGUAUAAUCCCGACGGCGGCCUGGAGGUGCUGGCCGUGCAGCGCGUGUCAAAGACCCAGGCCUGGCAGCGCACGGGCCGGGCCGGCAGGGAGGACAGUGGCGUCUGUUACCGGCUAUACACGGAGGACGAGUUCGAGAAGUUUGACAAGAUGACCGUGCCAGAGAUCCAGAGGUGUAACCUGGCCGGCGUGAUGCUGCAGCUCCUGGCAAUGAAAGUGCCCGACGUGCUCACCUUCGACUUCAUGUCCAAGCCCUCUCCGGACCACAUUCAGGCGGCCGUGGCACAGCUGGAGCUGCUGGGAGCCCUGGAGCGGAAGGACGAGCAGCUCACGCUGACGGCGCUCGGAAGGAAGAUGGCAGCUUUCCCUUUAGAGCCCAGGUUCGCCAAAGCCAUCCUCCUGUCCCCCAAGUUCCACUGCACGGAGGAGAUGCUGACCAUCGUCUCCCUGCUCUCCGUGGACAGCGUCCUGUGCAACCCUCCCUCCCGGCGGGAUGAGGUGCAGGCCGUCCGCAGGAAGUUCGUGUCCAGCGAGGGCGACCACGUCACCUUGCUCAACGUCUACCGGGCCUUCAGAAACGCCGGCGGGAACAAGGAUUGGUGCAAAGAGAAUUUUGUCCACAGCAAGAACGUGAUGCUGGCGGGCGAAGUCCGAGCACAGCUGAGGGACAUCUGCCUGAAGAUGUCGAUGCCCAUGGUGUCCUCCCGCGGGGACGUGGAGAGCAUCCGCCGCUGCCUGGCCCACAGUCUGUUCAUGAGCACUGCCGAGCUGCAGCCCGACGGCACCUACGCGACCACGGACACGCACCAGCCGGUGGCCGUCCACCCCUCGUCCGUCCUCUUCCACUGCCGGCCGGCCUGCGUCGUGUACACGGAGCUGCUCUACACCAGCAGGUGCUACAUGCGGGGCCUGUGCGUGGUGGACGCGGACUGGCUGUACGAGGCCGCCCCCGACUACUUCCGGAGGAAGCUGAGGGCCGCCCGAGACUGAGCCGCUGCGCUCGCAGGCCCACGACCCACCGGGACCAGGGGGGCGGGGGGCCCGGGGCGGCCGGCCCCACCGCCAGGAGCUCGAAGCGUGUUUGUCCCAAGCGCUGAGACGGAACCGCGGACGCGCGGUGGGAACCUCGGCCCCGCGUUCGGUGGCUGCUCUGUGGCUCUGGGUGACCGCGAGCCUCAUUCCUCAUCCGCCACGUGGGGUGAUCAGAGCGGUGCUGACAGGCUCGGGUUUGGGGAGCGUGGAAGGGGAGUGCCCAGGUCCCCACCUGGCCCACGAUGAGCCGUCACGCCCGGCGGACUGCUUUCUCCUGACGGACUUGAGUCCAGAGUCCCCUGGGUCCUGGUGACUGAGAGGACUUUCUGGAAGGGACCCCAGCAGGCCGCUGAGCUCAGCUCCUGUCGCCUGUCUGUAACUCCUGUAGAAGCUUGAGGAGGGAAAUGCCGCGGUCUUAGCUCCCGGGCUCGCCUCCCCUCAUGAGCCUCAUCCCCGGGGGUGAGGGGGGACUUGCAGGGUCUCCACAGUCUCCUCCCUGCCCCGUGUCGUGAGAAGGGAAAGGACACCAAAAGUUGCCCUUAGCCGUUUCAUUAUGGGAAGCAAGUAAUCUUUCCCCAGAUGGUGUUUUGCCCUAAGGAGGCCGAGUUAGCCUUUCUGUCGUGCUUCAUUCUAAACCGGGAUACGUGGGGUUUCGGUCGUUCCUCGCGCAGCGGGCCGUGCGGUUUCUAGGCAGGGGCCACACCGCCCGAGACACACUUCAGCGGCUGUGGUGAGUCUGCUCUGGGCCCAGGGGCCCUUCUCCCAGACCAUCCUGCUGGCGCUCUCCGGCCUCACCCGUCCGUCCUUCCGGCACCGGCCGAGCCCGAGCGCCCGCGUGUUGGGUCAGCGUGAGGGCCGUCGGGCACCUGGACGGACUUGCGUUAGAAAUAGCGACGUGCGGGCCAGAUAGGGUCCCACAGGUCCGAGAUGCCCCAUUUUCCUGAAUUCUUAGACUUCUAGUCGGCCUUCCCCUGACCACCUUGUUCUUUACGGUUACUGACUUUCUGACGAGUUUUUCAGAAAAAAUUUUAGGUGUAUUUUUCUCACUUCUUAAUAGAGGCCUGGGAUGUUCAGCCUGACUUGGUAAAAGAAAAAAAGUGUAUUUUUAAUAAAACAUGAAUCGUGUUGGUAAAAAAAAAAA